GGAAGAACCGUCCACCGCGAAGCUCAGAAAGGGGAUAAGGGACCGCCGGCGGGAGUCGGAGGCCUGGGGUCUAGGAUGGAGGUGGCGGACCCGCAGCAGCUGGGCAUGUUUACAGAGGGCGAGCUCAUGUCGGUGGGGAUGGACACGUUCAUCCACCGCAUCGACUCCACCGAGGUCAUCUACCAGCCCCGCCGCAAGCGGGCCAAGCUCAUCGGCAAGUACCUGAUGGGGGACCUGCUGGGGGAGGGGUCAUACGGCAAGGUGAAGGAGGUGCUGGACUCGGAGACGUUGUGCCGGAGAGCCGUCAAAAUUCUCAAGAAAAAGAAGUUGCGGAGGAUCCCCAAUGGGGAGGCCAACGUAAAGAAGGAAAUCCAGCUGCUGAGGAGGUUACGGCACAAAAACGUCAUCCAGCUGGUGGACGUGCUGUACAACGAGGAGAAGCAGAAGAUGUAUAUGGUGAUGGAGUACUGCGUGUGCGGCAUGCAGGAGAUGCUGGACAGCGUGCCCGAGAAGCGCUUCCCCGUGUGCCAGGCCCACGGGUACUUCUGCCAGCUGGUGGACGGCCUGGAGUACCUGCACAGCCAGGGCAUCGUGCACAAGGACAUCAAGCCCGGCAACCUGCUGCUCACCACAGGUGGCACGCUCAAGAUCUCUGACCUGGGCGUGGCCGAGGCCCUGCACCCGUUUGCCGAGGACGACACGUGCCGGACAAGCCAGGGUUCCCCCGCGUUCCAGCCGCCCGAGAUCGCCAAUGGCCUGGACACCUUCUCUGGCUUCAAGGUGGACAUCUGGUCAGCUGGGGUCACACUCUACAACAUCACGACAGGCCUGUACCCGUUCGAGGGGGACAAUAUCUACAAGCUGUUUGAGAACAUCGGGAAGGGGGACUACACCAUCCCGGGGGAUUGCGGCCCCCCACUCUCAGACCUGCUCAAAGGGAUGCUGGAAUACGAGCCGGCCAAGCGGUUUUCCAUACAGCAGAUCCGGCAGCACAGCUGGUUCCGGAAGAAGCACCCGCCGGCCGAGGAGCCGGUGCCCAUCCCGCCGAGCGCGGACUGCAAGGACCGGUGGCGCGGCAUGACGGUGGUGCCCUACCUGGAGGACCUGCACGGCUGCGCCGACGCUGCAGAUGACGAACUCUUCGACAUUGAGGACGAUAUCAUCUACACUCAGGACUUCACGGUGCCCGGACAGGUCCCGGAGGAGGAGGCUGGGCGGAGCGCGCAGAGCCGGGGCCCGCCCAAAGCCGUUUGUGUGAAUGGCACCGAGUCAGCCCAGUUGAGCGCCAGGUCGAGGGCAGAGCACCGGGCCAGUGCCGCCUCCAACCCCGCCCGCAAGGCCUGCUCGGCCAGCAGCAAGAUUCGCCGGCUGUCAGCCUGCAAGCAGCAGUGAGGGUGGCCGCCUGCAG